GAGCCGAUCUGUAACGAACAACGUUGUGUCCUGUGUGUUGAAUUGUCCGUUGUGAUUUGAAAAAAAAAAUACAUUUUAAGAGUCGUGUCGUGUCGUGUGUUUCUUUAUUUUUAGUGAACAAAUUCAUAGGCAAAGAUGGAGCCUUGGCAACAGACGUUGAUUGAUGAUAUUCAUCAAAUUACAACAAGCAAUGUUCAAGCUUGGGGUAGUAUUAUACAAAAGCUGGGCAUUGGUGAGACAUGCCUAAAAGAGUGGACUUCCACAUUCAAAGAAGAGAUCCAAGAUGUUAUGGGCGCAAUUGUGGAAGAAGUCGCAAAUAAGCAAUUAUGUCUGAUUGAAGACAUAGAGAAACUCUUAAAGCAAUCCGAAUUGCUUUGCAAACAGUUGAGUGUACAGAUGCCAGCUUUUGGCGUAGAAAAUCUAGGACUUUACAAUGACAAACAAGCGCUGGAAGAUCAGGUGAAAGAACUUAAAGAUAAAGUUGAUUUGAGGAUGAAAGAGAUCAACGAAUUGAUAAGGAGAGAAGUUGAAGUAUGCAAAAGCUUGGGCAGGAAGGCCGUUAAGAUAUCAGAUUGCCCAUUGCCAUCAUCUGAGUCCAUUGAAAAAUACACAUUAAAGAUUGAGGCCCUGGAGAAUGAAAAGUACUUAAGAGAUGAGAAAUUUACAACGUUAAAACAGGAAAUCCAACAGUUAGCUUUAGAGCUACAGUUUAAACCCAGUAUUGAAUUUGAAAGGCAAAUUUUAUCUGCAAAUGACGUAGAUUUUAUAGUUAGCGACGUCAAUAUGAAGAUGUUGGAGGAUUUUCAUAUCUCCAUGGUAAAUCAGGUAGAAACUGUUAAAGCUGAGGUCUGCGCUCUCAGGGAGAAAAUUAAAUCUCUCUGGGAAAUUCUCGAUGAGGAUUUACAGGACUGCGAUGUUUUCCUCCGAAGGUAUCCUGGAAAUACGUUGGAUACCUUGGAAGGUCUAAAGCUUGAAGUAAAACGUUGCGAGGAUCUGAAAAAAGCGAAUAUCGAAGUUUUCAUCAAGAAAAUGCGUGCCGAAAUUAUUGAUCUCUGGAAUAAAUGUUGUUUGACUGAAGAAGAAAGAACAUACUUUGAUUCUUUCUAUGAUGAUUUGUUUACUGAAGAUCUGUUGACACUGCAUGACAUAGAAAUUUGUAAACUGAAGAAGGAGUAUGAAAAUAAUAAGGAGUUAUAUGAAAUGCUCCAAUUGAGAGAAGACUUGUGGUCAAAAUUGUUGGAACUGGAGGAAAGGGCGAAUGCACCAAAUAGAUACAAGAAUCGCGGUGGACAGCUUUUAAAGGAGGAGAAAGAAAGAAACACUCUAUCUAAAAGGAUUCCAAAAAUUGAGGAGAAGUUGUACGUUCUCGUUGAAAAUUAUCAAACUCAAGUUGGAAAACCAUUUUCAUAUUGGGGUGAAACAAUUGAUUCGGUCAUAAAAAAAUCCUAUGAAACCAGGCAACAAGAUAAAAAAUUGAAAUUGAGCGCGAGAAAGCAGCAGAGGGUUUUAACUGUGACUCCAGGAAAGUCUACAAUGUGCGUUGCAGGAACCAGCACAAUGGCAACGCCUAAUAUUCUGAAAGCUACCCCGCUUAGAAACGAUAAUCGCUCGAACAGAAAAGGAGGACUGGCCACUCCAUUGUUCUCAAAUAGGAAGAAAUCUGCCGACAAAAUAAAGCAUAUGAAAUCUGCUCCGCCUAAAAUACAGCUCAACGGAAUGGGUAUUACUAAGUUGCGUUACUCAAGUGAAAAGAAGAAGCGAGUUGAUAGAAUCCGCCGCUUAUCUAAAUUAAUUGAAGUGCAGAAAAAGAAGAAUGCGGAUUUGGAUUACAACAGUUUUGAGAAAGGUAUGACUAGUUCCUGUCGCAGCACGAUAUUCGCUAACGAUUGCAGCGAUACGCCUGCAUUGGCAGUACCUCUGAUUGAAACUCCACGAAAAGCCGAUUUUGCUACCACACCCCGUCGCACGCCCAGGCAGAAGGACAUGCCGGCAUCGAGUAAACUAACGGCGGCUCCAGGUUUAAAAAUUAUAUUUUAAAAUAAUCAAAUGUUCAAAUACAAAACGUUAAUUUGCAAUAUUAUUUAUUUAUA